GCACUCUCCAACAGUAGGAAGAUCCACCUUCUACUCGGAAUAUCUCCGAGUGCCUUUUGGACUCGCCACCCUCAUCGCCAUUAUGAUGUCCACUCUCUUUGUUGCCGCGGCAGUCCUUGCCUCUACGGUCGUUGCGUAUGAUCCUUCGCGGCAGGAUAAUCUCGUUCUUUACUAUGGCCAGAACUCGUAUGGCGCGACCAAUGGCGACCAAGCCGGCUGGCAGAAGGACUUGGCCGAAUACUGCCAGGACGACGUUGCCGACGUCAUCCCCCUAGCCUUCGUCAAUGUUUACAACAGCACCGGCGGCUUCCCCGAGAUCAACCUCGCCAACACCUGCAACGCCGUGGACAGCGGCGUGUUUGACGGCACGAACCUCGCCAACUGCCAGUUCCUCGCAGAUGACAUCUCGGGCUGCCAGGCGAAGGGCAAGAUCGUCACGCUGUCGCUCGGCGGCGCGACGGGGGCCGCGUCGUUCGCGAACGACGCGGCGGGCGAGGAGUUUGCGCAGACGAUUUGGGAUCUGUUCUUCGGCGGGUCGAGCGACAAGCGGCCCUUUGGGGACGCGGUGCUGGAUGGGAUUGAUCUGGAUGUUGAGGGCGGGGCGAGCACGGGCUAUGUCGCGUUUGUGAACAAGUUCAGGGCGUUGUCCGAUGGGGCGAGCAAGCCGUACUACGUGACGGCUGCGCCGCAGUGCCCCUACCCGGACGCGUACAUGAACCCCAUCCUCGAUAACGUCGGCGUGGACGCGGUCUAUAUCCAGUUCUACAACAACUACUGCUCUGUAGCCAGCGGGAGCAUCAACUUUGGUGACUGGGACAACUGGGCGAAGACGGUGUCGCCGAACAAGGACGUGAAGGUCUUCCUCGGUGCCCCGGCCUCUGCGACGGCUGCGACGAGCGGCUACGCUGCAGCUCAGCAAGUCAUCCACCUGGCCAACUCGGCCAAGGGCCAGUACAGCAGCUUCGGUGGUGUCAUGGUCUGGGAUGCCUCGCAGGCAUAUGCCAAUGGACGCUUCGACCAGACGCUGAAGGCCGGAAUCCAGUCAGGCGCGGCUGCGACGGCGUCUACGUCUGAUGUGACUCCUGCGGACGAUUCGGAGCCGGUUACGAUCUCGAGCUCGAAGGAGGCCUGCGCCGUCCACCUCAACGGCUGCCGUGACGCGGAGGACACAUCGGACGUGAAGGGCCGCUCGCUCGAGCAACUGUGAACGUUCUCGAGAUCCUGGCAGGGAUGUGUGAAUUUAUGGGUAACUAUAAGGUCGAUAUUUAUUUGUCUGUAUGUACAAAGCAACAGCGGGCCGGGUGACGGCCUAUGAGUAUGAUCGCAUACUUCGCGCGCCUU